AGCUUGAACCACAAGUUACCCUCCCCGCCCAAGUCUCUCUCUCUCUCUUCCUCCUCUCUUUCUCUCUCUACAUGUGUACCUUUGUUCUUGGCUAGUUUGUGGGAACUGUUUCUGGGCCUUCAAAGUCUUUGCACUUCAUUUCAUGGGUCUUUGUUAAUUCUUCACAUACUUCCAGUGGGCUAAAGUAAACAGGUCGGCUAUUUUGCAAGCACAGACAUAUUGCUCCAAUACCAAAAAGUUUGUUCACAAUUGACGAAGCUUCUUGUUUGCGCUCAUCAUGAAUCCUGAUUCGUGCAUUCCCCUUAAAGAUCACAGGGAAAGGCAGAAUCCUUUCCUUGAGGUUACUAAUGCAGAAAAACAGUUGUGGGCAUUCAUCCAUUCCAAAGGCCUAUUGCAGACAGAAGUUCAAGACUUGUAUCUCAAAGUUCGUUCUGGUUACGAGAAAAUCAUUCUGAACAAUGAUGAAGGGGUGGAACUUCAAGACAUUGAAUUUUCCUUAUGGAAGCUUCACUAUAAGCAUGUUGAUGAAUUUCGUAAAAGAGUUAGGCAAACUUCUGCAAAUUCUGAGAGUACGAAUUCAUCAACUCUACUAAAUGUUGCCAAUCUGCAGAGCAGCAUAGAUUGCCAUAUGGAGCGAUUCAAGGUAUUUCUAUCAGAAGCAACUGAAUUUUACCAAGAUUUGAUCACAAAACUCAGAAGACGUUAUGAGCUACCUGAAGAUCCUUUGUUUUAUGAAAACCAUGACAUCUCAUGUGUUGUUGACCCUGCAAAAUUGCGAAAGUGUCAAUUUUCAUGCCAUCGCUUUUUAGUUUGUCUUGGCGAUCUAGCUAGAUACAGGGAACUGUGUAAGAAGCUUGAUUUUCCAAGACAUGACUGGUCAGUUGCAGCAACCUACUACUUUAAAGCAACAUUAGUUUGGCCAGAUAGUGGGAACCCCCAAAAUCAGUUGGCAGUGUUGGCAACAUAUGUUGGGGAUGAUUACAUGGCCCUAUACCAUUGCAUAAGGAGUUUAGCCAUUAAAGAACCUUUUCCUGAUGCCUGGAAUAAUCUUAUUUUUCUCUUUGAAAAGAACAGGUCAUCUCAUUUACAUUCACUUUCUAAGGAGGCCCACUUCAAUUUCUUAAAUCCAUCUGAAAGAAGUACCUCACCGAAUGAAUCACAAUCGCGCUUUCAUUCCUUCAACAAUGAUACACUGCAAGGCACUAAACACAGUUUCUCGGCAAACAGUGAUCUAUGGACUCUUUUUGUCAGAAUGAUAAGUUUCUUUUUCAUUGAAUCCAGCCUGGAUGAAUUUCCUUGCACUUUCGCAUCGACCAUGAGAGAGAUGGACUCUCUGUUGGCACUAGAUGAUACCGAACUAAAAUCUACAUUGGAGUGUUACCAACAUAUGGAUUCAUCCCGAACAGGCCCUUAUCGAGCCCUUCAAAUGGUCUCUGUACUCAUAUUCAUCAUCGAUAGCCUAACUGAAAGAUCAGAGCACAUGGAGGCAAUGGAGAAAAACAACCCUAUGUUGAUACAAUCGGCGUUGACUGCUACAUACAUUUGCAUGGCUCGCCUUGUUGAGAGAUGUAUGACGGGUAAUAAACCUCUGGAACUCACCCCGCUUCUGCCUCCCGUGCUUGUGUUUGUAGAGUGGUUGGUUGGCGUGCUCGAUAAAGUAGAAACAUAUCAUGCUUGUGAAAAAGUAAGAGCCGCUGUAUCUUAUUUUUUCGAUGCUUUUGUCGUCCUUCUAAACCAACUUGAUAAGAAUGAGAGCAGAUUUAAAUAUGAAGACCAUACAGCUCUUUGGGAAGAUCAUGAAUUGAGGGGCUUCGCACUGGUAGCCCAUGCACACGAGUUGUUGGAUUUCGCGGGUCAUUCAACAAAUAUGGGGAAUUUUGAAAGCAGAAAUGUGUGUCGUGCUCACCGCAUUUAUUUCAUGCUACAACAAAAAUUGUGGACAGAUCAGAUGGUUCUCCAAAGUGGAUCUUCUUUGAUAAUUUGGGGAGAAAAUUCUGCGGAGUAGAAUCAAAAAAAAUUCUGGACCAGAGAGAUGCAGAAGUAGCCGAGCUCAAUUCAGAUUCAAAAGUAAAAGGACUCUAUUGGCAUAGACAAGCAGGAGUAGCCGAGUCUAGUUCAGAUGUUGAAGUGAAAGAUCCCCAACAGAGUAAACGUGGACACACCAAAGAGAACAGGAGAGAUAUCAUUGGAGAAAAAGAAAGUCGCCGGUUUGAAAAUGGCAAAUCUGUUGCUGUAGAAGAGGAAGAAGUCAUUCUCUUUAAGCCCAUCACGAGAUUUAACUCGGUCCCCAUCCAUACUUCUACCACGGAUGAUGAAAUGUAUGUGGAAGGUAAAAAGGACCAAAUAACACCCUCUAAUGAAUGCUUUCGCCGUGCCACAUCACUGUUCAUGGCGCAAAACCAGAUGGAUCCUUUGAGUUUCUGUUCUGAUGCUGGUAAUUUCAGACGCAACACGCCAUUCAAGCAUCGAGAGCCUCUGUUGAAGGAAACUGCUACAUAUCCGGCUGGGCCACCUUCACUCAGUGCUUGGGUCCUAGAUAGAGAGAUUUCACAAUUUGAAAAGAGAAAUGUUAGCGAUCAUGAAAAGUCUCUCAUGAAAAUGAUCAUGAAAGAUUUGUGACCCUUAGAUUACCUUGAUUAGUGUGUGAUGCUUUAUUCUAAGUGUAAUCUAAAGGUCACAAAUCUUUCAUGAUCAUUUUCAUGAAAGAUUUUUCAUGAUACCUAGCAUUGCUGAUUUGAAAAAGCGAACGAAGCAAGGACUUUUUUGAACCCGGGUUAAGCCCAAUUGACAAAGUAGCCCCUGAUUCCUUGACCGGUCUCUCUAUCAACGAAACCAAAGAUUCUAUAAUUGAUUCCCAGCAAUUUCCCUCUCCUCCUCCCUACUCUGCUCCCAUGCCAUCUGCACCAUUUCUUCCCGAUGAUGCCAUUUGGUUUAGUGGCGAUUCCAUUAAAGAGACAGAUGGUAUUCUUGGUGCAUCACCGCUUAGCAGCUAUGCGAAUUGGUCGGGUAAUCAUGGACUGUUCAGUUUUGGCCCGAGUAUUCCAAAUUUGGGUAAUACCGGAUACCAACUGGUUGUUGGAUUGAGUUCCUCAUAAUGGCUUCACCAAACGAGUCAACAAAAUCAACAAAAUCUUGAUCGAGCCAGUAGUCAAGCGUGGCCGGUUCACUUCUAUGCACCGGGAACCCUUGGAAAUUUUUAUGGUGCUCCUCACGACAACGCGUCAAGGUUUGAUCUUUGUGACGGGUGGGGAAACCCCUUGAGUCCUCCUCACCAGUUGGUGUAUUUGGAGAGCCCGCAACUGCACACGGGUGAUCAAAGAAGGGAGAAGCUGUUUCAUAGGCCGAGCCGUGACGGGUGUGGUGGUGCCUCGACAGAGUUUAGAGCUGAGCAGCCACCACUUCUUCAGUACCUCAAAGAGAAAGAAUGGCAUUUGCAGACAGUCCCAAGUGAGAGGUCCUACAUAUAUGGGGAAUUAACACUGCAUUUUGACAUAUUUGUUCAUGAUUUAGAGCAUUUAACAUGAUGUAAAUGUCAAAAAAAAGAAAAAAGAAAAAAGAAAAACUAGUAUACGUUCUUAUAUAGAUAUAUAUUUGUGUGUGUUUGUAGAUAUGUAUAUUAGUUCUAGUGCACCCUCUAAAAGAGAGGUCUAAGAAGAGUUUGCAUUAGAAAAA